AGAAACCCUCUGCUGAGGUGGUGAUCAGCUGUCGCCAUGUCGGGGAAACGCCUUUCAGACGACCUUGACCCUGACUACCAGGAUGUCGUCCAGCCCAACAAGCGGCUGCGGUCUAUGCAGCAGGACGCCAAGGAUGCGACGGUGCGUAAGAUCGUGACGAUCAUUAAGGACCAGUUCUCUCAGGAGAUCCGAAACAAGGAGAGGGAGAUAGAGGUCAUCGAUGAGCGUAUCCACCAGGCCCGAGGCAUGCUGGACCGGCUGCGAGCCUGCAUCAUCGCCAGCUACUACGGAGGGGUCGGCCAGAAACCCAACGAGCCACCUGACCCAAAUGCUGCCAACCAUCCUGCCAUUAAGAAGCUGAUUGAUAGGCCCAAGCCUGCUGCAUCAGCCAAUCAGGCGGAGGAAUCUGAAAGCUCCAACCAAUCAGCAGAAGCCUCUCAGGAGGAGAAGCAGCCGGAGGAGCACGAUGCAGGGCUGCCAAGUCUGGAGGAAAUCUGCGAUUCUGUCAACAAGCCUGACCCCGCCCCUGCCCCACCCACCCAGGAACCGACCAGUGGCAGCGGGUUUGACUUUGACAGGGUUCUGGGGAGGAAGGUCGCGGGCGGUCCGAGCCGCUUCUGCGUGAAGAAACGCAUCAUCGUGGGAAACGUGUCCAAGUACAUCACGGCAGACAAGCGAGAAGAGAACGACCAGUCGACCCACAAGUGGAUGGUUUAUGUACGCGGCCCCAGAGAGGCCCCCAGAAUCGACCACUUUGUGAAGAAGGUGUGGUUCUACCUCCACCCCAGCUACAGGCCCAACGACCUGGUGGAGAUCAGCGAGCCCCCCUUCCACCUGACGCGUCGCGGCUGGGGGGAGUUUCCCGUCCGGGUCCAGCUGCACUUCGUCGACCCCCGACACAAGAAGGUCGACAUCAUCCACCAGCUCAAGCUGGACCGGACCUACACAGGCCUGCAGACCCUCGGAGCAGAGACGCUGGUGGAUGUUGAGCUGGACCGACACCUGUUUGAUGAGACGGGAACGCCGCUCUACCCCGACCUCUCCGUGCUGUCCUCGGGACUGCCUGCCAAGGCUGGUGCGCCACCUAGCAGUACCGGGGAAGAACUGCAGGCUUCACCAGUGAAACACAGCACCAGUACAACUGCUCCCUCUGGUGGUCCUUGUGCAGAACUGCAGGCCACUAGUUCCCGAGUCAAAGCCAGCGCCAGUGCAGCUAAGCCCUCUAGCAGUUCCAGUACAGAACUGCAGGCUACAGUGAAACCCAGCACCAGUGGUGCAGCGCCCUCUAGCGGCUCUCCUACAGAAGUGCAGGCCACAACUUCCACUGCAAAGGCCAGCAGCAGUACAGCAUCCCCACCUAGCAGCUCUGGUGCAGAAGUGCAGGCGGCCAAACCUGGGACAGAAAAGGCAGAACAGGAGUCCAAACCUGGAGCCUCCUUAGUGAGGAGGUCUCCUCGAGCAAAGUCCAGGCAAGACACCAGAAAACCUUCCUCCCCACCUGAAGAAAUCAGCGCUAAGAAACCUUGCAAGACCAGCGAGGCGGACAGCCUGUCCAAGGAAAGAGUCAAGCCUGAAGAAACGAAACACACAAACCUUAAAGAAGAAGUCGAAGAGAAAGUUCUCGCUGAUGCUAAGACAUCCAAACAGAAACCGGUUGUCAUGACAACGGCAAUCCCAUCAUCCUCCGGGACAAAUGUAGACUCUUCCAAACUUAAGCCUGUUACCAUGGUAACUGGUGGAACUGUGCCAAUCUCUGCCGUUACCAUAGCAACAAGCAGAGCUGUCUCCAAGACAACAGCGGGUUCCCCCAAAACGUUUCUGGGGGACCAAAAGGAGGCUCCGACCUUGGUGGUUCCUGUGAAGGUGAAAGCGGAGCCCCUCUCUCCGCCCCGCGUGACCCCGGCAACCGUACCGACCGCCCGGGAACCCGUCACGUUUUCCCGCGGGGUGGACACGAAAGGGCUGGUCCUGCCUGCACAGUCCAAGCCGCUGGUGGGGACAGCAAAACCUGUAAAACCAGGCGCGGUGGUUGGAACGGUAAAGCCGGGCGCGACUGGCGGGACAGUAAAGCCGGGUGCAGCUGGCGCGCCUGGCGUGGCUGCCGGGACAGUAAAGCCGGGUGCAGCUGGCGCGGCGGGCACGGCUGGCGGGACCACGAUGGUGGGCACCCCGCCCCAGGGCAUUGUCAUCACCAAGAUCGUCCCCACGACCUCCAAACCCGUCACCACCGUGCAGCAGACACUGACCUUGAAACCCCAGGGGCUAACCUCCAAGGGCGUUUCCACGGCGACCCAGCAGAACAUCACCAUCAUCAAGCAGGUGAAGCAGGAGGCGGGGAUGGGCGUAACCAUGGCGACGCAGCCCAGCGUGGUGGUUACCGCGGGAACCGGCCCGAAGGCGGUCCUGACGUCCCCGCAGAAGGGCACCAUACUGAAGCUGUCUGGCCUGCCAGGUCAGAGUUCAUCGCCUGUGGUUGGCUCAGGAAGUCACAUGAUCGUGGGUCAAAGUUCGGCCGCAACGGUUGUCUCGGGAAGUCACAUGAUCGUAGGUCAGAGUUCAACCUCAGUGGUUGGCUCAGGGAGUCACAUGAUCGUGGGUCAGAGUUCGGCCUCAGCGAUAGGCUCGGGAAGUCACAUGAUCGUGGGUCAGAGUUCGGCCUCAGCGAUAGGCUCAGGAAGUCACAUGAUCGUGAUGAGCUCGCAGCCAUCUUCCUCCAGCACUGCCCAGGCUGUGCCCAGAGUUGUCACCUCCCCCCCACAGGGCAAGGCUGUUCUGCUCAGCGGAGUCACCCCCCAGAUGGCACAGGUGCCUGUUAAGGUUGAGAAGAUGGCGGACGGGAAGGUUCCCGUGACCCCCACGAAGGUCGGCAGCGCCUCACCGACCGUUCCCCCCGGCACGCCGCCGCAGGUCCGCACCAUCUCGGGCGCUGUGAUUGGUGGGCUGAGUCCCGUGUCCAAGCCUCACUCUGGCGUGGCAGCGGGCAGCAUUGUGCAGGUGGCGCCCCAGCAGCUGGUGACCUCCCCGAGCGUGCCCGGCGGAAGCGCCCUCGUGCCGCCCAACGUCAUGAACCUGCCGCUCGUCAACGUCGCGCCGGGGGCGAAGGUCUUCCUGGCCGCCAAAUCCACCGACCCGGCCAUGAAAGGGAAAGUGAUCCUGAUCCCGCAGACGGCCAUCGUGAAGGGCAUCCCCCUCCAGCAGGGUCAGGGGUCGGGGGUCACCGUGCUGCAGGGGUCACCCGUGGUGCAGGGGGUCAACAUGCCGGCACAGGUCAUGGGGGGGACUCCGCAGGGGGGCAACAUCGUGCACCUGGUGCAGGGGGGUGGCUUAGCCUCCCAGGGGGCCGGCCCGACCCCAACCCUGACCCCGCAGGUCACAGGUCAGUCCCAGGUGAGGGGUGAGAGGUCGUCGCCGGGCGUGGCGCAGACGGUGAAGGCGGGGUCGACGAUCACGCUGCCGCUCCAGCCGGGAACCUCCUACAUCCUGAUGCAGCAGCCCCAGGGGGGUGCCUCCGCCAGCGGGAAUGUCCCCGGCUCUUCCCCCAGUCGCCCAACCACCCUCAUGGUGCAGCAGGUGCCGCAGGAACAGCCUGGGAAGCAGCAGGUGCAGGUAGUCCCCCAGGCCCAAGCAGCUGCCCAGCCCGGCACCAAACCCAUGCAGUCCUUCCGGAUCAUUCCAUCCCCCCAGACGGGGGGGCAGUCUCCCACCACGGAGCCCGGCGCGAAGGCCGCCCCGAGCGUGGCUACGGCGGGCGGACACACGUUCAUUGCGCUGACGCCUCAGCAACUCAGCCAGAUCGGGAAGCCAGGUUCCCAGCAGAUCGGUGCCGGCCAGACGCUCCUGGUACCGGUACAGAACAUGCAGAUGGCUGCAGCCGGCGCGCCCACCGCACAGCUGGUCACCAAGUCUGCCAGUACGCCUACCGUGCUCACCCCCUCCCCCUCUCACAAGGGUGCGACCCCGCGGGAAACCCCCUCCACACCCUCCAAGGUCACCUCCAGCCUGCAGAAGAGCAUCUUACAGAUGAAGCUGGGGCUGGGGUCACAGGUCACGGGGUCAAGGGUCACCGGAACAUCCCCCACCCCGACCUUGGAUGUCAUUGAGCUGGUGGCCAGGAAAGUCUGCGUGUCGGGCCUGCAGACGAAGGAACAGCUGAUCAGCGCUGUGGUGCGGCACGUUCCACUGGUGGACUCAAACAGGGUUAUAAGCCAGCACCCGUACUGCGCCCAGUCUCGGCAGCAGUUUUUCGGCUGGAACAUCGGGAAACAGCGAGCAGCGGAAUGGCAACGCGCCGUCACCGCCAGGAAGGUCAUCGACAAGGUCAGAUCCUCCGCCAAAAAACUCACCCUGCCCACCCCCACAACCCGGGAGAUCAUGGACUGGUCCAGGACACAUGGAUACACCCCAUCUGCAUUCAAUGGUCCAAAGGAAGAUGACAACUAUUGUGAGCUGUGCGGACAGAAACUCAGAGCGAAACUGCGGACGGCUCAUGAGGACUGUCUCAAGUUCUGGACGGCAAAUGGCCCCCCCUCCAGCUGCAGUGGUUCGGCCGACCUGUGUCAGAUGUUAGAGGACAGCAAACCUUCCCAGCAUGCCGAUGACAACGACCUGGAAGUGGAUGUCAUCUCGCUGGGUCAGGAGACAAAGGUUGUGAUGAAGCAGGAGCCAAUGGAUGAAGAGGAUGACCACCCUCGGUUCUUCCUGCCGAUGUCGCCUGCCGCAGAGUUCGUGCACGACACGGCGCAAAAGUUGGGAGUGAAGCUGGAGCCUGUAGAGACGACUAAGGACAUGUUCUCACCUGUCCUGGAGAAAAUGGUCCUUAAGGCGGCGUUGCUGUUCACCAAUGACGUGUUACGCGGGGCGCUGGCGAGCGCUUACAGACAGAACGGACUGAGCACGCUCAGACACGCCCCUCCCAUCAUCCUGCCCAGCCACAUCCACCAAUCAGUGAGCUCCAACCCGUCAUGUGACUUCCUCUCCAACAGCCACAUGGGCGUGGUCGCCAUGGAGAAGGAAGAACCGCCCGCAUCGUGAGCUGAUGGUUACCAUGGUGAUGGUUACUAUGGAGAAGGUUGCCAUGGAGACAGCUGGUUAGAUAUUCUAACAGAACACUGGACUGGGCAUUGUUUGGUGGGGCAUGAUAAAUUAAAAGUCAUGUUCUUUACCCGAUUUCUACAGUUUGAUACUUUUUCUUCUGAUUUUUCUACUAGAAGAGUUGUAGCUAUUUGGGAGAAGGAAGUUUUGCUCUCUGUACAUUUCUAGUGUGUGACACCAAAUUUGGGAGCCUCAAAUGCCAACUGAACAGGGUGCAGUACCACCCCUCACUGCUAGGUGGAGCACAUGUUUUAGCUUGUAGUGCCAGUAAAGAACAUUUCCUCAUGGCAAACUUCUGUCUAAAAUGGCAGGAAUAUUCUGUAUGCUAGGCGUACACUACUACUUUAAUGUACAGUCAACAAUUUUGGGUUUACAAAAAAGUGCAUCUGCACCCAAUGUUUUAUGGUUUCCUUUAUGUAUUUUGAGCCAUGUAAAAUAGUUACUUCUGCAUAUAAUAUUAUAUCGACAUCUUACAUCAAAGCUAUUUUCCAAAAAUUCUACAAUGACUGACACAAACACUGAAAACUUCUCUCUGUGACGGUCCUUUUAUUUCCAAAGACAAAACACAUACAAAAUUGGCAUUAUCAAUACUCUAAUCAAUAAAUAAGUAAGAAUUGAUGGAUAGACAUCACACAGUUGUGGUGAGAAAACCGCUCACAGUCAUAGUUGUAAUAAGUUACGAGGAAAUCCGUCUGGUUUAAGAAGAUUUGGUCUUAAAAAGUCUUUAAAAUGUCUUAGACAUUAAGGGGCUUGCUAAUACGCUAUAGCUAAGCUUGUACGCUGAAGCAAAAUGGGCACACCCCUAUUUUGUAAGUGUAAUAUUCCAAGUGCUGUAUUUAAACAGGUGUUGGACAGUACCACUUGUGUAAUAUAGGGGUGUGCAGCCUGCAGUUAAAGGAAGCAUAUAUGAUCAGCAUUUUGCUUAGCGAUGAAUUUGAAGUAGGAAUAGUUGCAAAGAACGCUUUUUUUUCUGGCCAGUGCAAAAUGUUGUUUAUGAUGAUUGUUGUGAAAUGUAAAAGAGGUGUAUUUGUAAAAACUAGCGUCGACUAACAGUAUUAAAAUCCAGAUAGUUCCAUAGACAUUUCCUGUGACAUUAAAUGCACAAUAUUCACAAAAUUCCAGUCACAAAUAAUAGAUAAUAAUUAUCAUUGCUCACAUAAAUUACUAUAUUUGUCCAAUAAAUUACAA